AUGAACAACAGCUUCUUUUCAGGCAAGUCCAACCUGUCACGUUUUGUGGGAUCUUCAGACCAGUGUCCCACUGCAGCCCAGGGAAGCUGGAGGGGUGAGAGGAGCUGCACUCGUUUGAGAGCCCCUGGGAUCCUUUUCGAGCAUGGGGGUGACGUUCCAGCUCAUUCGGGUGUCCUUCGAGUGACAGGGGGUUGGGGUUGCCUGGAGGAUUGAACCCCAUGGGCUGACAGCAGCCCCCACCACCGUACACCCCUGAGCCCUUGGCAAGGUGUGAGGGGUGCAGGGCAUGGGCACAGCUUCAGCCCACCACAGAGCAGAUCCCAGGGCUGGGGAUGCCCGCUGACAGGGGAGAGCACUCACCCUCGUUCUACCUGUCCUUACCUCCUGCUCUCCCUGCAGAUGAGCCCCGAGGCCCUGCAGCAGGGAGAUCUCAGCAGCCCCACCACGUUCCUUCUGUUGGGAUUCUCCAGUGCCUACGGAGCAGAGGUGAUCCUCUGUCUGUUCUUCUCGCUCGUUUACCUGGUGACAGUGCUGGGGAACCUGCUUAUUGUGACCCUUGUCUGGUUGGACACCCACCUGCAAUGCCCCAUGUAUUUCUUCCUGGGCCACCUCUCCUUCCUGGACAUCUGCUACUCCUCUGUUACCCUCCCUAAAAUCCUUGGAGACUCCUUCUCACCGCUGAAGACCAUCUCCUUUGUGGGCUGCAUCACACAGAUCUACUUCUUCCUUUGCUUUGGGGGCUCUGAAUGUGUGCUUCUGGCUGCCAUGGCCUAUGACCAGUAUCUGUCCAUUUGCCACCCCUUCCCCUACCCCAUGCUCAUGAGCAGGAGGACGUGCCACUGCUUAGUGGCCGUUUCGCGGCUGAGUGGCUCCCUUUCAUCCCUGAUCCAGGCCUUCCUCACAGCCCGCCUGCCCUUCUGCGGCUCCAACGUCAUCGACCACUUGUUCUGCGAGAUGCCCUUCCUGCUGCAGGCAUCCUGCAGCCCCAGCCCCCUCAACAAGGCCACCUUGUAUGCUCUGGCUGGGACUAUAGCGAUGGGCUCCUUCCUCCUCACUCUUGUGUCAUACGCUCACAUCAUCGGGGCUGUCCUCCAGAAGGGAGUGGUGAUGCAGAAGGCCUUUGCUACCUGCACCUCCCACCUGACCGUGGCGUCUCUGUUCUUGGGCACUGGGGCUGUGGCGUACCUGGUGCCUCACUCCAGCGCCUCCAAGGAGAUGGACAAGGUCCUGGCCCUGCUGUACGCCGCCGUGACCCCCAUGCUCAACCCCAUCAUCUACAGCUUGCGAAACAGCAAGGUCAAGGGUGCCAUCAGGAAAGCCCUGUGCAGGGGGAGGUUACAGAUGUCCACCAAGGGGUCAGGCAUUGCCACUGAGCGACCUCCACGCUCCCUGAGGCAGGGAUGCAGCUCUCGGUGA